GGUAUAUAGAGCUGCCAAGUACUUCGUAAACUUAAGAGAGAGCGAGCCGCUUCGGAGUUAGGGAGCAGCAGCAGAAGGAGUUUCGGCCGCCGGCGGGAGAUCAAGCUCACAAAAUGGCGCGAGGACUGAAGAAGCAUUUGAAGAGGCUCAAUGCCCCCAAGCAUUGGAUGCUUGACAAAUUGGGUGGUGCAUUUGCCCCCAAGCCCUCAUCUGGACCUCACAAAUCCAGGGAAUGUCUUCCGUUGAUCAUUAUCUUGCGAAACCGGUUGAAGUAUGCUUUGACAUACCGUGAGGUCAUUGCCAUCUUGAUGCAACGUCAUGUUAUGGUCGAUGGGAAAGUUAGGACUGAUAAGACUUAUCCUUCUGGUUUCAUGGAUGUUGUCUCAAUCCCCAAGACAAAUGAGAAUUUCCGUCUCCUUUAUGACACCAAAGGACGGUUCCGUCUGCAUUCAAUCAGGGAUGAAGAGGCAAAGUUCAAACUCUGCAAGGUCCGUUCUGUGCAGUUCGGCCAAAAGAACAUCCCUUACAUUAAUACCUAUGAUGGAAGAACAAUUCGUUACCCUGACCCUCUCAUCAAGGCAAAUGACACCAUCAAGCUGGAUUUGGAGACCAACAAGAUCGUCGACUUUAUCAAGUUUGAUGUUGGUAAUGUUGUCAUGGUGACAGGUGGUAGGAACAGAGGGCGAGUUGGAGUAAUCAAGAACAGGGAGAAGCAUAAGGGAAGCUUUGAGACUAUCCAUGUCCAGGACGCCACUGGACAUGAAUUUGCAACCCGUUUGGCGAAUGUGUUCACGAUUGGUAAGGGGACCAAGCCAUGGGUAAGCCUUCCCAAGGGUAAGGGUAUUAAGCUUACCAUCAUUGAGGAGGCCAAGAAGAGGCAAGCAGCCCAAGCCACAGCUGCUGCUUAGAAGAUUUUGGUCAAAACAAUUUAAGCUUAUUUGAAGAAUUUCACUAGUACUUUUGUAAUUUUUACUAAAUUAGCGUUGGAGUUUCUGCUGCAAAUUUUGUCUUUUUAAUUUUUCUGUCUUUUGCUUUGAUACAGAUAAGACUUUAAUUUUUAUGUUAUUUCGAAGUAAAUUUUCGCUUUGA